CAUCAUUCAUGGGUUAAAAACUCAAACUUAAUUCAACUUAACUAAAACAUAAACCCCCUAAACCUAAUUUGAAAUCGAAACCUAACAUAUAGGAUCCAAUUCCAAGAGAAGUAGAAAAGACUUAAUUGGCAUCUUUUACCUCAAUUCCGCACAUACGUUGCAUCUUCCACUAGGCAGCUCUUGGAGGAUCUCAAAGGGUCUCAUACUCUUAACCCCUCGAUGAUUCCCAAGUUGCCAUUAACCCUUUCAUAACUUUCAAUUGUUAAUUUGCCUUAAACUAUAAAUUAAGCCUCCAAAUCUAAUUAUUGUUCCUCCCCAUUUGCAGUUUGAUUUCAUUUUGUCUUGUUUAUAUAGGACCCAACAAACAUAUAGUAUUAAACAGCACCAGUAUUGUAUUGUAAAGAACAAUGGCAACUUUUUCUUCACCUCAUUAUGCUUCUUCCUUUUACUCUUCAUCAUAUUCAUCUUCUUCAUCAUCUAAAUCUCGAAAUGGGAAUCUUGAAUUGGUCCAAUUUUCUUUGAAUUCAAAAAAAUCUACCCAGAAAAUAGCAGUAUCUAAACAACAAUCUAGAAGAAACCCAAAUUCUAAUGUUGUUCUUAUGCAAGAUGGUGUAGUUGCCACAAAAGGAACUCCUGUUGAAAAUGAGAUUAAAUCAUUGAAGACAUUGAAAGAUGGAAUAUUAUCAGUCACAUCUUCUCAGGAAAACAAUGAUUUGUCUGGGUUUGAUUUAAGGAAGGAUGAGUCAACUGUCAGCAUCACAGUUGUUGGGGCUUCAGGGGACCUGGCAAAGAAGAAGAUAUUUCCUGCACUUUUUGCUCUUUAUUAUGAAGAUUGCUUGCCUAAGCACUUCACUAUAUAUGGUUAUGCUAGGAGUAAGAUGACUGAUGAUGAACUCAGAACCAUGGUUAGCAAGACACUUACAUGCCGAAUUGACAAGAGGGAAAACUGUGAUGAAAAGAUGGAUGAGUUUCUUAAGAGGUGUUUUUACCAGUCCGGUCAGUAUGAUUCUAGGGAAAACUUUGCGGAGCUAGACAAGAAGCUCAGGCAACAUGAGGCUGGGAGGGUUGCUAAUCGCCUAUUCUAUUUGUCGAUCCCACCAAACAUUUUCAUAGAUGCAGUGAAGUGUGCUAGUUUGUCAGCAUCCUCAACAAACGGGUGGACUCGGGUAAUUGUAGAGAAACCAUUUGGUAGGGACUCGGAAUCCUCAGCUGCUUUGACUAAAGGACUGAAGCAGUACUUGAAGGAGGAUCAGAUUUUUAGGAUAGAUCACUAUCUUGGAAAGGAACUCGUGGAAAACUUAUCCGUUCUUCGCUUCUCCAAUCUCAUCUUUGAACCCUUGUGGUCAAGACAGUACAUAAGAAAUGUACAGCUAAUAUUUUCCGAGGAUUUUGGCACUGAAGGACGUGGCGGGUACUUCGAUCAUUAUGGGAUAAUUAGAGAUAUAAUGCAGAAUCAUUUGCUGCAAAUAUUGGCUCUCUUUGCCAUGGAAACUCCUGUUAGCUUGGACGCAGAAGAUAUCAGAAAUGAAAAGGUGAAAGUUCUUCGGUCAAUGAGGCCACUGAAACUUGAUGAUGUGGUAAUAGGACAAUACAAGAGCCACACUAGAGGAGGUGUUACAUACCCGGGUUACACCGAAGAUAAGACCGUACCAAAAGACAGCUUAACGCCGACAUUUGCUGCAGCUGCCCUAUUUAUAGAUAAUGCUAGAUGGGAUGGUGUGCCGUUCUUGAUGAAGGCUGGGAAAGCACUGCAUGAUAGGAGGGCGGAGAUAAGAGUUCAAUUUAGGCAUGUUCCUGGAAAUUUGUAUGACAGAAAUUUCGGGGCAAAUCUUGAUCAGUCGACAAAUGAGCUUGUCAUCCGAGUGCAGCCUGAUGAAGCUAUUUAUUUAAAGAUUAAUAACAAAGUUCCUGGUUUGGGAAUGAGAUUAGACCGCAGCACGCUCAAUCUUCAUUAUGCGGCAAGGUAUGCAAAGGAGAUUCCAGAUGCAUAUGAGAGGCUUCUACUUGAUGCAAUAGAAGGAGAAAGGAGGCUGUUUAUCCGCAGUGAUGAACUCGAUGCUGCUUGGGCACUCUUCACACCGCUUCUAAAAGAGCUAGAACAGAAGAAGGUGAAUCCAGAAUAUUAUCCUUACGGAAGUAGAGGUCCUGUAGGGGCACACUAUCUCGCUGCCAGACAUAACGUCCGAUGGGGUGAUCUUGGCUUAGAGAAGUGAGUCCGAUCCUUUGGGGAUGUCGGGAAAAUACAUCACUGUUUAUUCAAUAACGCAUCAAGGAAAUCAUUUGUUAGACUAAAUAGGAUAUAUAAUUGAAGCACAGAUGCUUCAGUGAAACGGAGCUCCAAUCAACCUUUGAUUAUUCCUCCAUUUAGUCCAUAUUGGGUGAUCGAUUGUGGACGACUUGCCCGAUUCUUUGUUGUACAAAGCAUUUGGGAUUCUGGGUUUCCCUUGAAGCACACACUAUUCUCUCCGAGGGAUUACUUCUGCGGGAUUGUGUGAGGUCGUUUCACACUGUUAUUUAUCGUAUGUGCAAAAUCUUUAGAUGUACGAAGACUUGUUUGCUAACAAUUUAAUGAAAAGAAUGAUCUUGCGUUGCUUUCAA